AUGGCCUUUUUCCUGCGCACCUUUGCGCUCCCAGCACGGGAAAUCACCCCGAGGCAAUCUGUCCCAGCCCUUAUCGGCACUUUCUGCCGCGCGACGACAUGGGCGCCAGCGUUGGGCGCAAGUUUGGGCAAGAUUGGUGGAAGGGCGUUGCAGCAAGUACAACAGACGAGGGGGAUGAAGGUUCACAGCUCGGUGAAGAAGAGGUGUGAGCAUUGCAAGGUUGUUCGACGAAAGGCCGGCAAGAGACAUAAUGGGUACCUGUACAUUAUUUGCAAGGCGAACCCACGACACAAGCAGCGACAGAGUUGA